AUGAUGACUUUGGAUGAUGUACAGGUGCUUAACUUUGUUUCAUUUACUUGGUCCACUGUGUCUUCAAAAUUUUACUUGUCGUCAAUCUCUUGGGGUAAGAAAGUGCUAUUGGUUGGUGGAAAAACAGAUCCCAGCAGUGAUAGAGUUUCAGUUUGGUCAUUUGAUACUGAAUCCGAAUGCUGGUCGCUAAUGGAUGCAAAGGGAGACAUACUGGUCAGCCGCAAUGGUCACACAGUGGUGAGGGCUAGCUCGGUACUGAUCCUUUUCGGCGGUGAAAAUUCUAAGAAGAGAAAACUAAACGUUCUUCAUAUGUUUUAUCUCAAAUCAUCUACAUGGCUCCCUUUUAACUGCAUGUGA